UUCAGCCUCGUUCCCGGGCAGUAUAAAGUUUGCUGUCUCCUUUGUUCGUCCUCGUUGCGCAGUAGUGCUAGCGGCUUCGCGUUUCGGUACUCGGACCCGGCAGCCGCUUUUGGUGCUAAGCUGCUAGGAAGCCUCUCUCGGCGAGCUCGUUGGAGCUUGAACCCAUUGUCACUCCUCCGACUUACCGGCAAAAAAACAAAAACAAAAAAAAAACAAAAACAAAAUGGUUGAAGCAGAUCGCCCAGGAAAGCUCUUCAUUGGUGGGCUUAAUACGGAAACAAAUGAGAAAGCUCUUGAAGCAGUAUUUGGCAAAUAUGGACGAAUAGUGGAAGUACUCUUGAUGAAAGACCGUGAAACCAACAAAUCAAGAGGAUUUGCUUUUGUCACCUUUGAAAGCCCAGCAGACGCUAAGGAUGCAGCCAGAGACAUGAAUGGAAAGUCAUUAGACGGAAAAGCCAUCAAAGUGGAACAAGCCACCCAACCAUCAUUUGAAAGUGGUAGACGUGGGCCGCCUCCACCUCCAAGAAGUAGAGGCCCUCCAAGAGGUCUUCGAGGCGGAAGAGGGGGAAGUGGAGGGACCAGGGGACCUCCCUCACGGGGAGGACACGUGGAUGACGGUGGCUAUUCCAUGAAUUUUAACAUGAGUUCUUCCAGGGGACCACUCCCAGUAAAAAGAGGACCAGCACCAAGAAGUGGGGGUCCUCCUCCUAAGAGAUCUGCACCUUCAGGACCAGUUCGCAGCAGCAGUGGAAUGGGAGGAAGAGAUCCUGUAUCACGUGGAAGAGAUAGUUACGGAGGUCCACCUCGAAGAGAACCGCUGCCUUCUCGUAGAGAUGUGUAUUUGUCCCCAAGAGAUGAUGGGUAUUCUACUAAAGACAGCUAUUCCAGCAGAGAUUACCCAAGUUCUCGUGAUACAAGAGAUUAUGCACCACCACCACGAGGUUAUACUUACCGUGACUAUGGUCAUUCCAGUUCACGUGAUGACUAUCCAUCAAGAGGCUAUAGCGAUAGAGAUGGAUAUGGUCGUGAUCGUGACUAUUCAGAUCAUCCAAGUGGAGGUUCCUACAGAGACUCAUAUGAGAGUUACGGUAACUCACGUAGUGCUCCACCUACACGAGGGCCCCCGCCGUCUUAUGGUGGAAGCAGUCGCUAUGAUGAUUACAGCAGCUCACGUGACGGAUAUGGUGGAAGUCGAGACAGUUACUCAAGCAGCCGAAGUGAUCUCUACUCAAGUGGUCAUGAUCGGGUUGGCAGACAAGACAGAGGGCUUCCCCCUUCUAUGGAAAGGGGGUACCCUCCUCCACGUGAUUCCUACAGCAGUUCAAGCCGCGGAGCACCAAGAGGUGGUGGCCGUAGAGGAAGCCGAUCUGAUAGAGGGGGAGGCAGAAGCAGAUACUAGAAACAAACAAAACUUUGGACCAAAAUCCCAGUUCAAAGAAACAAACAAAAA